GUGGAAAGGGGACUUGUGUGGAAGCAUCCUCUCCUCCUCCUCCUCCUCCUCAGUUUUGGGCUUUUGUGGUUCGGGCUUGCAGUUACUGAGUUAGGCUACUCUUCUCCCCCUGGUUUCUGUUGGAGCAUCAAUAUGCCGUCCUUCAGCAGUUGGUCAGGUUGAAAUAUCACCAAACGCCUUCAGGUUGAAGCUCCCCCUGGUAGAAUCUGAGGGGCGAUGGGGAACACAGCCACUAAAUUCCGCAAGGCUCUGAUCAACGGUGACGAGGGUCUGGCCUAUCAGCUGUAUGAGGGGAGCCCCCAGUUUAAAGAGAGCCUGGACCCCAACACUUCAUAUGGCGAACCCUACCAGCACAACACUCCUCUGCACUACGCCGCCAGGCACGCCAUGACACGACUCAUCAGGUCCUUUCUCUUCAGUAAGGACGGCAACCCCAACAAGCGUAACGUUCACAAUGAGACGUCCCUCCAUCUCCUCUGUAUGGGCCCCCAGAUCCUAAUGGGGGAGGGGCCUCUGCAGCCGCGUCUGGCCCGGCCCGAGCUGGACGAGAUGAAGAGGUCAGAGUGUCUCCAGAUCAUCCUGAAAUGGACCGGAGCCAAGCUGGACCAGGGAGAGUAUGAGAACGCCAACGUGAACUCCACUGACAACAAGAAGAACACAUCGCUGCACUACGCAGCCGCCUCGGGGUUGAAGAAGUGUGUUGAGAUUCUAGUAAAUAGGGAAGCAGAUCUGUUUGCGGAGAAUGAGGACCGUGAGACGCCGUGUGACUGUGCAGAGAAGCAGCAUCACAAGGAGCUGGCCCUCAGCCUGGAGUCUCGGAUGGUCUUCAGUCUGGCCCCAGAGAGCAUAGAGGCAGAGUACACUGCUCUGGACCACAGAGAGCUAUACGAGGGUCUGAGGCCUCAGGAGCUGCGUCGUCUGAAGGACAUGCUGAUAGUAGAGACGGCAGACAUGCUGCAGACCCCUCUCUUUACUGCUGAGGCUCUGCUUAGAGCACAUGACUGGGACAGAGAGAACCUGCUGGAGGCCUGGAUGUCUAAUGCUGAGGAAUGCUGCCAGCGGUCUGGGGUCCACAUGCCCAGUGCUCCUCCUAGUGGGUACAACGCCUGGGACACCCUGCCGUCCCCUCGUACCCCCAGGACCACCCGCUCCUCCAUCACCUCCCCUGACGAGAUCAGCCUCUCCCCCAGGGACGACGAUAGAACACCGUGUGGUAUCUGUAUGUGCCCCCUCUCUAUCUUCGAGGAACCGGUUGACAUGUCAUGUGGUCACGAGUUCUGCCGAGCCUGCUGGGAAGGGUUUCUGAAUCUGAAGAUUCAGGAAGGGGAGGCUCACAACAUCUUCUGCCCGGCGCACGACUGCUUCCAGCUGGUUCCUGUGGAGGUCAUAGAGAGUGUCGUCUCCAGAGAGAUGGACAAGCGCUACCUGCAGUUCGACAUCAAGGCGUUUGUGGAGAACAACCCAGCCAUCCGCUGGUGUCCCAAGGCGGGCUGUGAGCGGGCGGUGCGUCUCUCAUCCCGGGGUCCAGGUAGCAGCUCCUCGGACCCGUUCAGUCUACCUCUCCUCAGAGCGCCCGCUGUGGACUGUGGCAAGGGACACGUGUUCUGUUGGUCAUGUCUUUGCGAGCCCCAUGAACCAUGCGACUGCCAGACAUGGAAGAUGUGGCUGGCUGAAGUUACUGAGAUGAGACCCCAGGAAUUGGCUGGUGUGAGUGAAGCCUAUGAAGAUGCAGCCAACUGCUUGUGGUUACUGUCAAACGCCAAACCCUGCGCCAACUGCAAGUCUCCUAUUCAGAAGAACGAAGGCUGCAACCACAUGCAGUGUGCUAAGUGUAAGUAUGACUUCUGCUGGAUCUGUCUGGAGGAAUGGAAGAAACACAGCUCCUCUACUGGAGGUUACUACCGCUGUACCCGCUAUGAGGUCAUCAACCAGGUGGAGGAGCAGAACAAAGACAUGACUGUGGAGGCUGAGAAGAAGCACAAGGGAUUCCAGGAACUGGACCGCUUCAUGCACUACUACACACGCUUCCAGAACCAUGAACACAGCUACCAGCUGGAGCAGCGCCUGUUGAAGACAGCCAAAGACAAGAUGGAACAGCUGAGCAGAGCCUUGAGUGGACGAGACGGAGGCCCACCUGACACUACGUUCAUUGAAGAUGCUGUACUGGAGUUGCUGAAGACGCGUCGCAUCCUCAAGUGCUCUUACCCCUACGGCUUCUUCCUGGAGAUCAAAUCCACCAAGAAAGAGAUUUUUGAACUUAUGCAGACUGACUUGGAGAUGGUGACAGAGGACCUAGCUCAGAAAGUCAACCGUCCUUACCUCCGAACUCCCCGUCAUAAGAUCAUCCGAGCGGCCUGUUUGGUGCAGCAGAAGAGACAGGAGUUCCUGGCCUCCGUCGCCCGGGGGGUGGCCCCCAGCGACUCCCCAGAGGCCCCUAGACGCAGUUUUGGAGGUGGAACGUGGGACUGGGAGUAUUUGGGCUUUGCAUCUCCUGAGGAGUAUGCAGAGUUUCAGUACCGGAGGAGACACCGGGAUCGUCAGCAGAGGAGACAGAGAGGGGACAUUCCCCAUCUUGACGAGCAUAGCGACAGCACUUUAGACACACAGGAAAUGGGAGGUGGGCGAAGACCUGGUCCCCCCAUGGGCUCAUUGGACGAGGACGAUCCCAACAUCCUAUUGGCUAUCCAGCUGUCACUCCAAGAGUCUGGGUUGGCGACGGCCGGGGACACUCCAGAGUUGUUGUCCAAUGAGGCGUCCCUGGGGGCCAUCGGCACCUCCCUCCCGUCCAGACUGGACGCGGAGUCCCAGAGGGUGGAGGUGGGGCCCCGGGGAGCCGUCAGCAGCCAGCGGCUCUAUGAAGGGGUUCCAGGGGUCUAUGCGUUACACCACCACCACUCAUCCCAGCAGCACUACAGCUACCACAAUCUCAACCCGUUCAGGGAGCCUUCUUCAGGCCAGGCUCUGUUCUCAUCCUCCAGUGGUACUACGGACUCCACUACCACCGCAUCAACAGGGCUCCAGGACCCCUCACACCCAAACACCAACCUGCUGGGUAACAUCAUGGCCUGGUUCCAUGACAUGAACCUCAGAGCAUCACCCUCAUCCCCUCCACCACCACCACCACCACCUCAGACACAGACCUAG